GCCUGCAGUGCCUGGUCGCGCUAACCAUAAAGAUCCACAUACAAGAGGCAAUAUCAACUCUCGCUUCUUUAAAGAGGACAAAAAGGACCAACGCAAGGGGAGGCAGGGAGAGGGCAGCCUCAUAAAAAAAAAAGAACUGCACUGGACAAGUGAAGUGAGCAAGAGUCCAAUUCUGUGAGGGGAGAAGAAAAUUCACCUUCAGCAGAGCAGCAGCUGGUCCUUAGCUUCACAGCAGGACAGGAGAGAGGAGCAAGGAGAGAAAAGUCACUGGAAUGAUAAGAUGAGAAGCAGGUAUGAUCUCCUGAGGAUUUCCCCUACAGCCGCCCUCCUGGGUCUACUGGUUGUGUCGUUGCUUGGGUCGCACAUCCUGGCCGUGUGUCCCUCCAUGUGCUCUUGCAGCCGCAGCCAUAGGGAGGUCGACUGCUCCUGGAGGGGUUUAAGGCAGUUGCCCGAUGGCCUGCAGCACAACAUGCGCUCCCUCAACUUGUCCCACAACCGCUUCCAAAACCUAGACCAUCGGCUCACCAUGUACACCCAUCUCCGCAUCCUUGAUUUGUCUCACAACCGGCUCAGCCACCUGCCCGCCGGCUUGCCUCGCUCUCUCUGGCAGCUCCACGCUGCCUCCAACCGCCUCCAAAUGCUGGACAAGAACGACACAGUCUAUCAAUGGAACCUGCGAUUUCUGGACCUCUCCAACAACAAGCUGGAGCGGGCCACCUUCAUCAACAACACGCUGAUCAAUCUGUGCACCCUAAACCUGAGUCACAACCACUUCUGGACUUUGCCCACCAACAUGCCCAUGCACCUGGAGGCUAUUGACCUCUCGCACAACUUGCUUGUGAAGGUGUUGCCCGGCUCCCUGGACCGGCUGCCCAGAUUGACUCACUUCUACCUGCACGCUAACCGCUUUUCCACACUGCCCUUUGGAGUGUUGGACAAGAUGACAUCACUCAGAGCCAUCACUCUGGGCAACAACCCCUGGGCCUGUCACCUUUACGACGACAUCACUUAUGUACUGUCCUGGACUCAGCAUACCCCUGCCCAUGUCCUGGGCUGCCCCUGCCACACCCAGUCAGUCUGUGGAGGGGUGCUGCCUACCAGGACUGGAGGGUGGCACUUUGCCUCCUACAACCUGCCCGCAUUGGCAGCGGGGGCCGAGGACGUCAGCUCCCUGCCCCCGGGGGCUGGCAUUACAGAGUGGUGGUACUUGUCUGUUUCUGCUCCCCCACAUACCCUGAUGGAACAGCACCCAUUCACAGACACAUCAAUAAGCAUCCAGGAUCACAUGCUCCAUACUCAUCCUCAUCUCUUUCCUGGCACUGACGGAGACUCACCCACUGACUCACUCACAUCCUCUUUUUCUGACACGAGCAUCAUUGACGAAAUACCCAUCAGGUCUGACAUGACCCUGGCCACAGACAGAUUCUUUACCACAGAGAGCCCUUUCGCCCAAACAAAAAAAACCACCACGCUUCGCACCAGGAGUGUGAGGAGGCCGAAUCAGUCCCACCCGAGGGGUGUCAACAACAGCGGCCCCUGCUCUUCCUUGCUGCCUCUCCUUCACAACCUGGGGCUUCUGCUUCUCAUUCUCCAUGUGCUCUGAAAGAGAGAGAGAAGACUGACCACUGAGUGAUUAGCCUGAAUUUUAGUUUACAGAAACAAACCACUGAUGUAGUUUGUAGAUCACCAUCAUUCUCCAGCAAAAAAAAGCACCACUUACAAUAGAAAUGACUUUAGGAUCCGUGUCAUAAUUCCUGCUAUGCUGAGUAUGCUUAAUAAUAAGGUCACAAGGCCUCCUCUUGAAUGUCACAGAUUUAAAAAAGAAAUAACAUUGUAAUGAAUACAGCUAAGCACAUGAUGGCACUAUACAUUCAGCUACCAGUUUAUUAUGUAACUGAAUGUGGCCGUGGUGCUCAUCCGCAACUACAGUCCAUAUUUCAAGGCUGACUGAGGUUUUUUCUGGUACAAGCUAUAGCAUACAAGUUUGUUUUUUUUUUUCCCAUUUUUCUACAACUGUUGGCUGAUAUUGUCAUGUUGUUAUUAUAUUAUUUUUUCUUUGGCAAAUAUAUGAUACUCAGAGCCUUAAUUUACUCCUUUGGAUGAUUCAGAUUAUUUUCCUAGAUGUCCUUGAUCCCUAUGCCUGCUUGUUUCAUGUGAGAAAUCAUAUCACACACCACAAGAGCACCCUUCUCUGGGUGGUGUUUUUAAUAAAGUAGUCAUGGCAUGUAUAUAACAGGAAGCUGCAUAGACUCUGCGGAGCAGAGGCCAAACAAAUGGACAAUGCUGUGUCACUAUCUUGAACAAACUCCCAAGUAGCGCGUCUGUAUUUUGAUCACAUCGCCGACUUAAGUGUCCUUCAUGAUUCAGUGGCGCUCGUGAAAAUUAUCUGCAUGGUGAUUGAACGUUCCAGGAAUGCUAACCUACUGCUAUAUUGCUGCAGAGCAUUAAAGCACAAGACAUUUUCAGCUUAUUUGUGUGAAAUGUUAAGAUAUUCAAAUCCUGAUUGCAUUUUAAGUGGAAAUGGCAGUGAUGUGCCGGCGUGCACAUUUUUACUUCACAGUAAUACAUUCACAUAAUGUUCCCGGAAUAGCAGGAGAUGCAUUACAGCCAGCUGCAUUCGACAAACUGAAGAGGAAUGUGUUUACUUUUCGAUACGUCUC